AUGAAUAAUUUUGAAUUCUCUAACCAAAGGUUAGAUGAAGCAUUUCGAACAUUAUGCUCCAAGUUAUUUUUAAAAGGUGAAUCGCAGCAGCUUGAUAGAAUUAUUGAGGCCUUUGCUAAGCGUUAUUAUGAUUGCAAUCCAACAACAUUGUUGCAUUGCAUUGACGUUGUGUAUGCCGUUGCUUAUUCUUUGUUACUAUUAAACACCGAUUUACAUGUCGUUUCCGACUGGGCCAAUAAAAUGACUCGAAGCAAUUUUGUGAAAAAUACUAUGGAAACGAUCCAAUCACUGGUGUUCCCUCAUAUUAUGCUUGAUGAUUUCAGUAAACAAAGAAAGCGCCGAGCAUCCAAUGUUAGUCAUCAAAGCAAAAGCAGUAGCGAAUCUUUAUACCAAAUGAAAAGAAUUGACAGCUCUUCCCGAUCGAUCAUUUUGGAAGACGCAUUAAAGUCAAAUAUAUCUCUCGAAACCGGACUAACUAGAACACAAAAGGUUUGGUUAGGAGAUAUCGAGAGUUUAUUAAAGGAUAUGUACACUGCAGUGAAAUCCAAUGGCAUUGACCAAGCAAAGAAACAAAUACCACAGAGUACAAGUACAAUUAAUUUGUACAGGUCAAGAACUUUGCCUAAAAACGAUGCAGGAAAAACUCCAUCAUCUUUCCGAAGAAGAAGAGGCCAGUCAGUCAUCAAUCCCUUGGAUAAUAAAUUGUCCUUCUCAGUCAGUGAACUAAAGCAAGGUCUUGUGAUGCGAAAACAUGUCAUGGAAAGCACUGAUAAGAGGGCGCGUAAUCGACAAUGGCAGCUUUGUUAUUUGGUUAUGAAUGGAACUGAGCUAGUAAUGCAUAGGCCAGUUAAUGUAUCACAACAGCAAAACAUCCAACAGACUUAUGAUCAAAAGGCCAGAAGGAGGAGGAGUAUGAUGUUAUGGAAUCAAUCUGUUUGCUCUUUACAAGACAUUCUAUCCCAUGGAGGAGGGGCUGAGGAUUGGCAAGCUGAUCAGGAGGGAACACCUCUAGGUAUAUUGGAAAUGAAUCAUACUUAUACGAGUGCUAUACCACCACCAGGAUGGAAUGGACAAAGACCCCAUGUUUUCCGGAUGGAAACGGCAGAUGGUGGCUUAUGGCUAUUCGAAUCCACAGAUAUGUUUGCUAUACAAGCAUGGGUAGAAGCUGCAAAUACAACAGCUGCUAAAAUUAGUAAAGGGCCAAUGACAGGUGCAGUUUGUAAUAUUGACUAUGGUUGGGGUGCCAAAUGGGAUAAUACGACAACGGAAUUCACAACAGAAACUGUGCCUGUAUGGUACCCUCCCACCCCUUGCAUGAUCAAAAGUACAUUGGAUGUGAAUUAUCAAUAUUAUGACUUUGAAACACAAAUUACAAAUCUCAAUGAAGAAUUGACUCGCCAUAGAGGGCUGAAGAUGUCUCUCGAUAAAAAGGUAUUAAGUCAUUACCUUAUAUGUUACCUUUACUUAUGA